AUCAUAUAUAUGAUAUAUCCUUUGCUGCUUCUCUCUUCUGUUUCCUAUUUUGUUUGCUUCAAUUUACCUUUUUCCUCUCUUUUCAUCAAGGGAUCUUCUUCUUCUUCUUCUAUGGCAGUUUUACCUACAAGUUCCUCCAGCUUAGAAUUGACCAUAUCUGUCCCAGGUUUUGCUUCUUCACCAAUCACUCUUCUCACCUCAUCAUCAUCUGCAAAAAAGUUGGACAUGAACCAAGUAGCCAUAGAAGAAGAAUGGAUGAGAUUAGAAGAGGAAGAAGAAAGCAACGCUAAUCCUCGCAAAAAACUCCGGCUUACAAAGGAACAGUCUCGUCUCCUUGAAGAAAGCUUUAGAAAAAACCACACUUUAAACCCAAAGCAGAAAGAGUGUUUGGCAAUGCAGCUGAAACUCCGACCAAGACAAGUGGAGGUGUGGUUUCAAAACCGUAGGGCCAGGAGCAAGUUGAAGCAGACAGAGAUGGAGUGCGAGUACAUGAAGAGGUGGUUUGGAUCUUUGAGAGAGCAGAACAGGAGGCUUCAAAGAGAAGUUGAGGAACUUAGGGCUAUGAAAGUGGGUCCACCAACUGUGUUAUCCCCUCACAGUUCCGAACCACUUCCAGCUUCAACGUUAUCCAUGUGUCCCCGAUGUAAACGUGUUACCACCAACGUAACCGCCGUUAUCGCCACCGACAAAAAUGCCACCGCCGCCGUCACUUUGUCUCCUAAAGUGGCAACACUUUCUACGCAGUUGCGUCAAAUUUGAAAUACCUUGUUGAGCACGUUUCUUCCUACACGCGAUCGUGCACGGCGCAUUAAAUAAUUAGUGUGGUAGAAUUAAUGUAAGGGAAAUGUGUUACAGAUUCUCCUAAAGGGUAAGAACAAACAUGAAAAAGGAAACAACAAUUCAAAAAUGUGGGGCAGCAUGUACUCUCAGGAAAAUCAUGUAAUACUUACAAAAAUGUUAGACUAUCAUAUGCUUAUAAAUAUUGUACCUAUAAAUUUUUGGGUCUUGUUAAAG